AUAUGCAACGGGCAUGAGGACCUGUGCUCGCGUCCAUUCAAUGAGAUAACACACAUAUCGACGCAUGCUUCGUUUGCCAAAACUGAGCCAGGCAGACCAUCUGUGCCGGGAACACAGUACAAGACCAUCGAGGAGCAACUGGACGACGGAGUGCGCGGGCUGCAUCUGAAUAUCCACCAGGGCUCGUCAGCCUCAGAGGUCGUUUUGUGCUACCCGGAUUGCAACGUGAAUAACGGCGGCACGCUCACCUCCACGCUGAAAGUUGUGAAGCAGUGGCUGGAAAAUAACACGAACGACGUAGUUACCGUUUUUCUCGAGGGCAUUGCAACCGACGCGAAUCCAGCAGCCGUGGUCAAGGCCUUCACAGAUUCCGGCGCAGACAAGUACAUGCUCAAGGGCAAGCCUGCGUCGUGGCCGACUCUGGACUCGAUGAUUUCCAGCGGCACCACGUUAGUUGUGUUUGUUGAG